AUGCCUAGAUUUUCCGAGUGUUGGCGAUGUGGAAAUACAGUUGGUGUUGGCAUUAUUUGCGAAUUGUGUGGUGUUGCUAAAUACUGCAGUGAAAGAUGUCAAAGAAAUGACAUAUUUCGACACGAGGCCGAGUGCAUUUCUGCGUCGAUUCUCAAGACAUGCACGACGUGUAGAAAAAGUGGCCCAAAUCUAAAAGCUUGCACUGGAUGUUAUCGAGCUUUCUAUUGUGACACGAACUGCCAGAGAAGCAACUGGGAAAGGCACAAGAUUGAUUGCGAAGAUGUUAAGGAAGUAAUAAAAAUACUCGCGCAACGUAUUUUGACGCAUUUCUCGAGUUCGGGCCAAACAGUUUCUUCUUCUGGCUAUUUCUAUUGGGGCAACGUACCGGCAUUAGAUUGCUUGAAUUUGGUCGAAAACGAAGGCGACGAUUAUAGUUCAGGAUUAAAGGUUUUAUAUUUUGGUGUUGGUGAUUUACGAAACGUAGCGCUAACGUGCGCCUCGUUGCCUGAUUCAUACAGCAACAAGGUCUUGUUUACACUAAAUGAUAAAGAGAGCUGUGUGUUGGCCAGACUGGUAUUACUGCUGUACAUGUUGAUAAAAGGUAUGAAUUUAUACAUGUUAUACAUUAACAUUAUACAUGUUAGUCACUAUAUGCACUCUGAUUUGCUAGUGGCUUCAGGUAAAUAUAGCAAUCAUGCAACCUGCAAUUGGCUCAUUUAUCUGUAUAGGUUGGGCGUGCGGCGCUUAAUUUUAUAGCAAACGGUAAUAGCUUUACACAUAUGAAUAAAAAAACGACAUGAAUGACCAAUUUAUUUUUCAAAUUUUUUUGCAGAAAAGUACUGUAAUUGUUGUUCUAGCCUGCUCUCAUGCAGCUCGAAAUUUAGAAAGCGGAAAUUUUAAAAGGCUGCGAGCAGGCUAUGGUUGUUCAAAUACUUUAUCGAACCCUAAUAAAUGAGCUUGGGAAUAUUUUGUUGAGGUUCUUAUAAUUUCUUGAAUGAGUAUUUAGGAACUAAACGAUGUUUUGUAGGACAGGAUUUAAAUAGUUGUAAAACAAUUAUUACUAAAAUCACUAAACUGGCCACAUCCCGCUAAGAUUUUCAAACGGGGAAAGACGUUUGAUAAACGGGAAAAGACGUUUGAUAAUUCCAAAUUCAAUUUUCGUUCAAUCAUGUGAUCAAAUUGUUUCAUCAUUUUGGUCACAUGACUUCACGAUUUUGUUAUCAAUUUAUUUUUGUACAUGGGUUUCUAAUUUUAUUAUGCAAUCAGGUGCGUAGUUUUGAAUUAAACGUCAGAAAUUCGUUACUCAACAGUCAAGUUAUUCAAACGUAAACAAGGUCACAAACAUCCAAACGAAGGUCAAUGCAACAUAAUAUAUGAAAUAUUCGUUUUAUGUUCAUUUUAAAGUUCCAUAAUCGUAAUGAACAAUCUAUCUAGUAUCUAUCUUAUAAUAUGAUCUCCCUUUUAGCGAAAAUAUGAUCUCCAUCUUGUAAUAUACUGAGUUGUUUCGAAGUUGACUAGGAAUAAUUAUUAUAAAUAGCACUGUCAAAUCGUGAAGUCAUGUGACCAAAAUGAUGAAACAAUUUGAUCACAUGAUUGAACGAAAAUUGAAUUUGGAAUUAUCAAACGUCUUUCCCCGUUUAUCAAACGUCUUUCCCCGUUUGAAAUUCUUAGCGGGAUGUGGCCAGUUUAGUGAUUUUAGUAAUAUUGUCAUAUUAAAUUCGAUCUCGGAAGUGUCUCGAAAAGUGUCAUUGGCUUCGCCUGAUGAGUCAUGACACUUACCUUGGCCUUGAUAAUUCAAGGUCAUAUAUGUGUAUCGUAUAUUGCAAAAACCUCAUCCAACCAAGGGAGCACAGCGGCACAGCGGUACGCUUUGUGAUGAAUUUUUAAAGAUAGUAUCUGACAUUAACUUUCAUUUCGUACCCGUAAAAACUGUGAACACUUCAUAUUUGUCUUCUUCAGUUCUUCUUUAACUUACAAUAAUAUAAUUUGUAACGUUUAUUGAAAUUUUAUGUUCGAUGUGUUGGAAAACAUAAUAGAUUGAGGUAAUUAAAAGUGGGUUAAAACAGUCAAAUGGUGUUAAAACUAUGGUUAGCGUUAGGUUAGGAUCAGGGUUAUGAUUAACUUUUAUAAUCACACAUACCUUAUAAUUUGCUCAAACUAUUUUGUGGGUCUUACAUGAAUACUUACCUGAAUGUAGCCUGCAAAGCAGACGUCGCGCCUCAAAUGUUUUGAUAUUCAAAUAACACUUCGAACGCAAAAUUUAAAUGACAACGUGCCUGAUGAAAUUAUAUUUUGGGUUUUAAAAGAACUAAAGACGAGAAAGAUUAACUAUUCACAGUUUUUACAGGUACGAAUUGAAAGCGUACUUGAUCCAACAAUUGUUUAUUAUUGGUGUCCAGCAAUCUGGGAAUAGCAAAAUACUAUUAAAGCGUUCUAUUAUAGAUUAAAGAGCUUCAGGUUUAUUUACAGAAUUGCUAGCUAUUUUUUAGCGGAAACAAUUUUUUUUGAAAAUCCGUAGUGUAUGUAUGAGUCAAAUCGAGCAAUUGUGAGCACGUCCCGGUGGUUGGUAUAAUAUCCGAAACCGCCAUCUUCGUAAGAACCCUUCAACGGUCAUUUAUAAGCAAGCCAUUUGAGAAAAUUGGAUUUGGAGAACUUAAGACCACUGAUAACCUGGUAAUUGCGGCCAGCGUGGGAGCUGGGAUCAUCCUCUCAGGUAUGGGAGAUUUUGACCAGAUUUUGUGUUCAAUCCCUUGUCCGCUGGAUUGUGUGUCAGCCUCCCCUUCUAGGCUCAUUCUUCUAUAUGGAACACGUGAACAUAUUUAGCAUAUCGCAUGGAAAUUCAAAAUUUCAUUUGAAGAAAUAUUGAAGCUGUAAUUCAAGCGUUGGGGUUCAGCCUUGUCAUGUUUAGUAGUAAAAGAAAGUGGAAAUUGUUUGUUUUAAUCGCUAUCCUUUUGCUCUCACCUAUUAUUCAAGUAGCAAGAACCUAUACGUAAUUUUACUUUUGUAACUUUACUUUAACACAAAUGUUGUUACGAGGGUUUCAUUAUGCCUUAAUUAAUGCACUCCUCGUGUUUUGAUCUUAAUGUAAACCAUUCCUGUGCAAUACUUUUUCAUAAAAACUAUUUCCGAAUACAAUGUUUUUUUCAACCUGAUCGAAAUUACGUCAUGUAUAGUAAUCUAACCGUUAUUGAUCAGUAUUCUAAUAUCAUAUUUUAUCUGCAGGUGAUUUUGGAGUAGAAAGCAAGGUCACGGAAAUAUGGUACUCGAUAUUACUGACUGAACCUACGUAUAAAUAUCUGAGAACGACCAUUGAAGAGCUUGUCAAUUUCCGCAAUGCCGAAAUUCUAAAAACUACAACAGCUGGUUUGAUCAGCAUUGAAGAAAAGCAAUUUAGAAAGUUACGAGAUGUGUGGGAGAAUUGGUUACAUUUGUUCGUGGAAGGAACAGACUGGAUUCAAAAGCAACGAAUCGAAAAAUUCCAAAACUAUCCCAUCUAUCACGAAAUGAUUCUUCAUUGUCUCGAACAUGAGCACGUUGCUUCAGCAAUGAAGUGGAUAAAAGAUGGCAUCUUUCGACGAACCCAGUCACCUGCAAUCAUCGAGAACCCGACCUUGACUGGUUACGAAAUGAAUAACGGAGGUAGUCCUUACUCUUAUUGUAUUCAAGCUACCGUUUUUCCUUUCUGUGGCUGGGAUUACCUGCGAGUGAAGAAAUUCAAAAAUUCCAAUUGCCUCGUCUGUAUGUUUGGUGAAUAUAUCGAAUCCGUGUUACGAAGCUUCAUGAAGAAAUUAUCAAAACGACAAAUUCGUUUCCAGAUAGUACUCUCUGAUUGUAUGGACAUCAAACAACAUCUCGAAGUUGAAGUAGUGUAUGACCGAAUUUUGACAUCAAACCUGAUGGACUACAUAUUUCUAGUUGACCUGUUAAAGCUGUGUUCCGAAUUAUUGAACCAAGAGAAUACUCGUGCUACCAUUGUUACCCAAACCAUGACUUGGGACCGAAUUUAUUGGCCGGGGAAGGGAUUGCGUCCCAAUUAUCUGCCGAAAGCAUUCGGCAAAUGGAUGAAAAUUGCUUUAGAAGAUAUAAAGCGAUCUUCGAGUAAUGUCACUGAUAGUGCAUGUCUCAAUAGUCUGGAAUAUGUGGACGAGUCUUGUGAGUUUGACGAUUAUCUUCGAUCGCAAUUUUACGCUGAUGGCUUAAGGCAAGAAAUUGAAAAUGAGCCGAAGGGGCAGAAUAUUAUAACAUUCCUACCAAGAAAGAUUUAG